AUGGCAACCCUGGCAGCGUUGGGUUGCGGUUUCACCCUAUACUUUAUAGCGAGGAGUAUAUACAGACUAUACUUCCAUCCCUUGCGCAAGAUUCCUGGUCCCAAACUCGCCGCGAUCACCCAUGCCUACGAGUUCUAUUAUAAUGUGAUCAAAGGGGGCCUAUUCAUCUGGGAGAUUGAGAGGAUGCAUGAAGUAUAUGGCCCUAUCGUUCGUGUCGGUCCGAGGACAGUACAUAUUAGAGAUCCAGAUUACUAUGAAGAGAUCUAUGCAUCUAGAGCUCGUAAGCGCGAGAAAGAUCCAGUCACAGUCGCCCGCUUCGGACUGGAGGGCUCUGGGUUCUCCAGCAUCACCGAUGAGGACCAUCGCCCGCGCCGUGCGCCUUUGGAUAAGUUCUUCUCGAAGCAGGCAAUCUCCAACAUCGAGUACCUUAUUCAUGAAAGUCUUGACAAACUCGUAAAUUCUCUACGCAACGCCUACGAGUCACACAAAGUAGUUCAUUUGGAUGCUGGAUUUGCCGCCUUGACCGCCGACGUGAUCCAUGUAUAUGCAUUUGGCUUCAACCCAGGCAACCUGGAUCAAGAAGGCUUCAAUGCUAGUGUGCGGGACGGAAUCAACGCCCUAUUCCAAAUGGGACAUCUCACCUACUUCUUUCCGUGGAUCCAAACCCUCAUCGACGCGUUGCCGUUGAACAUGCUACGCCAAGUGAGCGCACCCGCAUACGCAUUGGCUCGCCAGAAGAAGGACCUCUAUGAGUGUGGCUUGGCAGCAUUGAAAGCUAGUCAUACAACCUCCAAGCCCGAAAAACCGACACUCAUCGAAGCUAUUGCAGGGCCCAAGGUGCCGGAACAUCUCAAAACACCGCAGCGACUGAUGAACGAUGGCUUUGCACUGACCAUUGGAGGGACGGAGACCACUGCGAGAUCCCUUGCUGUCGGGAUGUAUCAUCUGAUUGACAGGCCUGAGAUCUUAAGCAAGCUGCGAGAGGAGCUUAAGCAGGUGAUGCCCACGCCGGAUUCCCGCCCUACAUGGAACGAGCUGGAAAAGCUCCCAUACAUGGCUGGCGUGGUCAAUGAGACCCUGCGCCUCUCCACAGGAAUCGCUAGCUUCUCGCCCCGGGUCGUUCCUACGGAGGCAUUGCAAUAUAAAGGCCACACAAUCCCACCAGGAACCCCAAUUGGUCAGACGCACUACUUCAUUCUCAUGGAUCCCAACAUCUUUCCUGACCCGCAUGCCUUUGAGCCGGAACGCUGGAUUCGGGCCGCUGCCGCUGGGAAUCGUCUGGAUCGCUAUCUAGUGAACUUCUCGAAAGGGAGUCGGAUGUGUGUGGGCUUGAAUUUGGCCUACGCGGAGCUCUACCUUGUCAUUGCAGCGCUUGUUCGGCGGUUCGAGAUGGAGCUGUACGAGACGCCCCGAAGCACCAUUGAACUCAAGCGUGAUUUCGGGACGCCGUACCCUGAAGAGGGCCACCUGAAGGUGCAAGUGUUGGUGACUGGCCUUAUUACUGAAUAA